GCUGAGCUCCGUUCCGCUCCGCUCGAGCCGGAGGACCUGGGCCUGCGGAGUCAGCGUCCGGCGGACCCGCAGGUAGCGCGGGGUCUGCACCGACCCGGUCCAGACCGAAGCCCGGGCACGGGAGCCCGCAGCGCCGAGCAGGACCCGGAGCAGGACAGGAUUUCAGCACAGCUUGUCCUGCGGAGCCUGGCCAGUGUCAGUGAUGGCAAGGCUUCCAAGUGCUGCACCGCAUACCCUGUGGAUCCUUUUCUUUUCAUAUACAACAAAUGAAGUCAUGGCUGCAGGACACGUGCAGGAAUUCGCAUGUGUCACAGACUACGACAAAGAGCUGGUUUGUCACUGGAAGGUGCCUGUACCCAUGAAUUGCUCCAAAGAAUUCCUCCUCUACUACAGGAAGGAAGUUUUCUCUCUGCCAAACAGUGUGUGUGUCCCCAGGAACGGGAAAGAGAGUUUAAUGUGCACUUGCACAAUAUGUCCGGAUUAUUUUGUAUCGGGCCUCACGUAUGUUCUAGCUCUACAGUACAAUGGGACUGAUACGUGGAAUUACAGUGUUACACCAGCCCUGGUUGUUAAGCCAAGGGCCCCCCAAAACCUUGCCAUUGAGAGAGCUGAAAAUGGUAAUUUCAAUCUGAGUUGGGAGGAGAGCUACUCUCCUCCAUCCAUGCUCUCUGGACAGCCAGUCAUCCAUGAAGUGAAAUACUGGAAGAAACAGUACCCGACAGAGGUUUUUGUAAAAGCCAUUAACUACCAGGCAAAAAGCUUCGAAAUCACUGCAAGCUCCUUGAGGAGAGGCUAUGAUUACGUUGCAAGUGUGAGGUGUAACUAUACAGACUACCCGGCCUACUGGAGUGAAUGGAGUGAAGAAGUUGAAUUUUACUAUGAAUACCGAGUGACAGCUGAAGACAUUCUGCAGAUGGCUGUUCCUGUGUCCUGCAUUCUGAUUGUGGCCCUAUCUGUCGUUUGUUACUUCUGUUUUAGCAGAGUGAAGAAGGAAUGGUGGGAUCAAAUCCCAAAUCCAGCAAAGAGCCACUUGGUCGUAAAAAAUGUCAAGUUUUCAGUUUUGUGCUACAUUGAUGAAAUUAAGCUCCCUUUCCAUGAUGUAAAACAGAAUCAUAUGGAAAAGGAAAUGAGUUGCAAGAACUGCCUGGCUCAAAUCUUGUCAAGCCAAAACUUCAAGGGAAAAGAUAACACCAGACAUGGUGAGAAAUCUUGCAGUUGCCACAGAAAGCCUGGAGAGUGGUUUCCGAAAGGCAGCAGUGCAGUUUUAAUCCCUGAGACAAUUCUGGUUGAAGAGUCGAUAGAAGUUUGCGAAUGCUUAACAGACAUUGAGGCUGAGCACCAGGAAGAGACUAGUGACCAUAUCGCUGUGUUUGAGCCUUCCGAGUGCAGUGUCAGUGCUUUCAGAGAGCACACGGAACACAAUGAUGCACUAGCUAGCAUGUUUAUUAAGCUCCUGGCAGAUGAAACUAUGCAAGACCAUAAAGAUCCAGGCAUCAUCUUGGGUGAGAACAAAACCUUUGAGAAACUUGAGUCAGAAAAUCCCUCACAGCAAAAUACAAAUGAAAGCACAGCCCAGAGUCAGCAGCUGUGUGAUGUUUCCCUUUUCACCAGAGCUUCUCAAGAUGACUACAAUUGUAGUACAGCCAGCAAGAAGACAGAACAAUCAGAAGAAUCCUUUGAAUCUGGCUAUCGCAGCUCUAGCAUAAAUUCUGCUUCUCUGGAUGCAAGAGAACUUCAACAUAUGGUUCAUCAAAGCCUUUUUCCACACAGUUCUGAAAGUCAGCAUGAUUCGCAUGUCCUGAUCCAGGAAUCUCCAAAUAAAACAUCAUUUGGGACCAAAAAAGACACAGUAAGCAACCCUGCAUGCAAGAGUUUUGAUACCCUUCUGUCUCCAUCCAUGGGGCUAUGUAGCUCUGCGUAUAAGAGUUUUGACACCCUUAUGUCUCCAUCCAUGGAGCCCUGUGGUUCUGCUUACAAGAGCUUUGACACCCUUAUGUCUCCAUCCAUGGUGCCCUGUGGUUCUGCUUACAAGAGCUUUGACACCCUUAUGUCUCCAUCCGUGGAGCCUUGUGGUUCUGCCUACAAGAGCUUUGACACCCUUAUGUCUCCAUCCGUGGAGCCCUGUGGUUCUGCCUACAAGAGCUUUGACACCCUUAUGUCUCAGUCUGUGGCUGACAGUAGCCUGAGUCUGUACUUUGAAAACGUGUGCUCCUCACCACCUUUAACACAGUUUUCAGACACACCAGAACUGAGCUGCAGAGAUCAAAUUUAUCAGCCCUCUUGCAAUCAGACGUGUUACACCAACUACAGAUCUUCCUGCACUGAGCUUGAUGUUCACAGCACCUCUUCAGAACAUAGUGAUUUUCCAUCUUUCCCCACACAUGCAAAUGACAGUGCUUCAGGUUUCCUGCCAGAAGAAGAAAUACAUAACCAAGAAACAUACCAAAAUGUUCAAAAGAAAGCCAGUGUAAUAUCUUGCCCCACUGGACCUCAACCAUCUGGUUAUCAACCUUUUGAUAAUGUAGUUAAGUGUAACGGUACAUACCAUGACAAUGACAGUGAGGUUAUCUCCAGGUCACCGUGCGAAUCUUUCACUCAUCCUUUGUACAAUAGCCUGAGAGGAACACCUCCAGAAACAAUGAUCUGUGAACCUGACCUGAAGACAUGACCACGUAUGUUUGAUUGCACAGGGUUUUGAUGGCAGAAUUGUCCCAGAUUUAGUCUUUAGUGAGGAUGUUGCACAGACUGGUGAUGGCAGCCUUUGGAUCACAAACUAAUAAGCUGUCUGGUGAUAGCAAAGAUGAAAAUAGCAGCAGAGAGGAGCUGGUGUUGCAUGUGUUAGAGCCAAGCUGUCAAGAGUUUAACAGCAGAGAGAGAACUACAAAGCGGACAAAGCCUAACAGCUUUAAGUGUACUGGUAAAGGAAUGCAGGACAGCAGCAGUAACAGACUAAAUACUGCCUUCUGCUGCCACAUGCACAAGCACUUGAGGAAACAUGGCAAUGCAGGGGAAAAUCAGGAGGUGAUGGAGACCACAGUAGGCAGGAGGUGCAGCUCUGCAGCUGCUUUACCAGAACAAUCACUGGCCAGCACUGGGCUAAACUUAGCAAGACGAACUGCAGAGCCCUCAGAGCUCCUGGUGUCGGACGAGUUGGUGCCUCCUCUUUCUGUGGGUAACUCCUGUCCUGCUGAUUCUCACACCGUUCACAGUGAGGCUUCCAGACCAGCACCUGCGGUUCAAAAAAGACCAGUAGUGCUUUUGAGGGAAAACGGGGAGAAUGAAAGAAAAAUGAAUUGUGUACAAGGCCUUGUCCAGGAGGACAGCUGCUACAUGAAGGUCACCUAGCCAUGUGCCAGGGCUGCACCAAACCAGCCCUUGGAAAUAAACUGUGUCGCAGAUUGAAAUGUUGCUUGUUCUUCCAAUCUUGACUGAAGUGAGAGCUGCUGCCGCUCAGACAAGGGUUCAGUUGGGAUGUGAUACUCGUGCCUGCUGCAGGGCUGGCAACUAGUAUGUGAUUCAGGCCCCUGGGGACAGUAGGGGUUGGUACCUAACAAUUGCAGCUACAGAUCUGUCAGGGUUGCAAAGCCAGAGCUAAAGCUUCUCUGGCCUUGACUGUUCUCUGAAGUCAGAAGCAGCUGCAUAAUGUAGUUCUUGGUUCAGCUCCUGUGGUUAUGCACCAGCUCUGUGUUGCUUGGGAAGCACACAGAGGUGAUGCAUAGGACCCAUCAACCUACUUGGAAGUAGGAUGUAGGUGCACAUCAAAGGGGAGCUUCCUUAACUUAUUUAUUGGGGUGAAGGGAGGUCCUGAGUGCCUAACCCCAGCAUGGGGUAUUGUUUCUACCCAUGCUCAAUCAAGACCCAAAAUAAAGAUUCCUGUUACUUGAGAUUA